AUGUCGUUGAUAUCCAACAGAAAGAGACCCAGAGGGUUUAGUGAGACGUUUGAUUCGUCCCGAAAGACCGCCGCUUCCGAUGGAGUACCUAAUGCUUCUACGGCUCAGAAAACAAAAGUUUUUGACAAUAUGUCCCCGCUGUCUGUGUCAACGUUCAACGAGUCGCCUAAUUUGAAUCUCAAUAUAACUUUGAACAAUUCUGAGACCACAGACAACCACAGUUUUGAUAAGCAUCAUAAUGGCGAAGUAUUGGAGGAAGAGGAUGAAGACGACUUGUACGGCGAAGAUGAUGAUGCCUUUGACUUGAAUGACGAAGUUGUGUUCCUUGAAGAACGCAAGAUCCAGCCAUCUUUUGCCCAACGUCGUCAACAUAGAAACAACUCUGACUCCAUGCUUCUCUUGGAUCAGGAUGUUCGAGAUGCUUACAACAUGUUCAAUGUGAACAAUAUGAACGUGAAUGAUACCCCUAUGGACAACAAGCAGUUUGAGAUACCCCAUCAUGCCAACCCAGGCGUCAAGAAGCAAAGAACAAACUCGUUGCCUCAACUACCCCAAGCUAAGUGUUUCUAUCAAAAAUUGCCAAGCAACUAUAUCCUUCAGCAUCCCAAAGUUGGAAACGUCAAGACGCAUAUAAUCCCGCAUAAGAUGAACCUACCUCCAUGUGAUGACGAGGAUGGUCACUACAUUGUGCGGGAGAACGAUAUCUUUGCUAAUCGUUUCGUCAUUCAAAAGCUUGUUGGCCAAGGAACUUUUGGCAAGGUGGUUGCAUGUUAUGAUAAAGUCAACCGUGAUACUGUGGCCAUCAAAAUUAUCCGUAAUAUUCCAAAGUACAGAGAUGCCGCCAAGAUCGAGCUACGGAUUCUCACAACGUUGAAAAAGUUUGACAACGACAACAAAAACCACUGUAUCCACCUUCGGGAGUGCUUCGACUACAGAGGCCAUAUUUGCAUUGUGACAGACUUGCUUAAGAUAUCGCUUUACGACUUCUUGGAGAACAACAAGUUUAAACCAUACCCUGGUUCACACAUACAGGCGAUCUCCAAGCAGCUCAUAAGGUCGGUGACCUUCUUCCACGACCUCAACUUAAUUCACACAGACCUCAAACCUGAGAAUAUCUUGUUGCAUGACGACACUUAUCUGCGCAAGCAGCUUAAGAGCUCUACCAUCAUUUCCAGUUACUUCAAUCUUAAUUCAAGCAGCGAAAAGCGCAGGCUUGACAAACCACCGAAGUUCCUGAGGAUAUUGAACAACCCACUUAUACAAAUCAUUGAUUUUGGCUCGGCCAUCUUUGAUGAUGAAUACCAUUCCUCGAUUGUUUCCACGCGACACUAUAGAGCGCCAGAAAUCGUCUUGGGCGUUGGGUGGUCGUUCCCCUGUGAUGUGUGGUCGAUGGGAUGUAUUCUAGUGGAGUUGGUGAUUGGUGAGCCGGUGUUCAGGACUCACGAUAACCUUGAACACUUGGCAAUGAUAGAAAAGAUAUGCGGCACGAAAAUCAGCAAAGAGAUGGUGAGGUACCUGAAGCAGAAAGAGAAUGAGUGUGGUUUGAAGUACUUCACCAACGACUACCGUCGUCUGUACGGCGAGCACUUUAGUGAUGACGAAGACGACGAUGAUGUGAUAAUAGAUGACGAGUCCACGGAAGACAACUCGCUACUGUUGAUUUUCCCCACGCCAAGCACUCCAGAAAAGUUUAUCAAAAACGUCAAGCAGCUUCUGCGCAUUGAUUUGUUCAUCAGUGAGAGGAUAGGAUUGAACAUCAAUUUUGACCAGUCGUUGAGCGAGAAUUACCAGAGCAACUGGCAUUUGAUCAACUUUGGCAAUUUUACGUUCUGGUGGUUUUUCAUUGACUUGUUGCGCAAGAUCUUUGUGAUUGACCCGAACGAGCGAAUCACAGCGCUCGAGGCGCUUGAACAUCCGUGGUUCAACUUGGGAAUUGAGGAUGAGGGUACCAUUUAG